GACCAACUGACCAAAAACCAAAACAAUCACACCAUCUUUCCCAUCAACACCAACACCUUUCCAAAUUCGUCGGGGCACGUGACUCGCCGUCGCCGCAACCCCUCCUCCCGGAUCUCCGAUCACGUGACCUUCCUCCUCCCUCCUCCGCUUAGCUUCCCCACUCGAUCGACACCUUUGUGAAUCUGAAAUCAGAGCUCGUUCCGUCCAUGGCGACGAGGAAUCGGACUCCGCUCUUCAGAAAGUACCGGGAUUCGUUGAAGAGCGCCCGCGCUCCGUUGAGCUCGUUGGCGUCCACCAGCUCCGGCGGGAGAGGUCCGGUGAUUGAAUUGUCGUCGCUUGUGAAUCAGAAUCGGAACUAUGCUCCGCUCAGUACUGAAGAUCCCGGUAAUUCAAGUCAGGGUGCACUCACUGUUGGUCUACCGCCAGCAUGGGUGGAUGUAUCAGAAGAAAUAGCAGUGAAUGUGCAGCAGGCACGGGUAAAAAUGUCUGAGCUGUCCAAGGCUCAUGCAAAGGCUUUGAUGCCAUCUUUUGGAGAUGAGAAGAAAGAUCAACGCUUGAUUGAGAGUCUUACACAAGAGAUAACUGGAUUAAUAACGAGAUCCCAGAAGAGACUACAAAGACUUUCUGCAGCUGGACCUUCAGAAGAUGCAAAUGUUAGAAAGAAUGUGCAGGUAUCUCUUGCUACAGACCUUCAGAGCCUCUCUAAUGAGCUUCGUAAGAAACAAUCAAAUUAUUUGAAACGCCUCAAACAGCAAACAGAGGGACAAGAUGGGGACGACCUUGAGAUGAACCUAAAUGGAAGUAGAUCAAGAAUGGACGGUGAUGAUUUGGAUGAAAUAAUGUUUCACGAUCGUGAGACGGCCCAGCUUAAGAAACAUGAAGCAUUCACAGCAGAAAGGGAAAGAGAGAUUCAUCAGGUUGUUGAAUCUGUGAAUGAGCUUGCUCAGAUUAUGAAGGACCUGUCGGUUCUAGUGAUAGACCAGGGCACUAUUGUUGAUAGGAUAGACUACAACAUUCAGAACGUUGCAAGUACAGUCGAGGAUGGCCUCAAGCAAUUGCAAAAGGCUGAGAGAACACAGAAACAAGGAGGAAUGGUGAUGUGUGCUACAGUACUUGUUAUCAUGUGUGCUGUCAUGUUGGUUCUCCUAGUUCUCAAGGAGAUACUUUUUUGAUGUGAGAGGACAGUCGGUUCCAGAUUUUGGUCAGAUUCUAAUUGUCAUAACCCUUCCUUGAGAGACAUUGACACGAGAAGAGAUGGUCUCCCUAGCAGAAGAUGAGAGGAGUUUUGGCGUGCCCUAGGUAGAUAUACUACAUAAAAGUGAUUAUUUGUUGUAUCUUCUAUAUUUCUGGGUAUUAUUGAACAGAGGGAGGGGGAAGGGUAGUGAUUGGUUGGGGAAUGAAAGCCCUGGAAAGUAUAUAGAGCACAUAUUGUAUGUUGUUACUUGAGGAAGGGUGUUUUCCAUCAGAUAUAUGUUGAUUCUUUUUAAUUGUAUUUCUCCGGGAUUUUGGUGCUUUCAUUCCCCAGCACCAUACAAGUAACAUGAGGGGCUUUUAUUUGUCAUAGUGAAUUUACUUGUUCAAAUACAACAGAUGAGGAGCUAUAAUUUG